CUCAAGCGUGUAUUAGUGGCGGUCUUCUACUGACAAAAUUAUGAUGAUUUAACUCCCAGAGUUGUUGACUAAACAAACAGAAGAUUGCAUGGUGAUGUUGCUGUAGACAUAAGUUAGUCGAUUGCUUUGCAGAAAGUCCUUAGUGCGUUAACAACGAAUUUAUUUAAAAUGGCAAAAUUGUGCCGCUUCGUCAAGCUCAACGACCGCUUCAAUGCUCAGGUGUUCACUUUCAUCCUUCCGGGAAAAAUUACCAGGGAAUUCACACCGGAUACUUAUUCAAAGGAGUUCGUGUACGGGUUUCAAAAGUGGUGCGUGUCCUUUGUUCGCAGUGAACGCCAUAUUGGAACAUUCCUCAGGUUGCAGACUACGUCGAAAGACACAAAAUGCCGAUUAGAUUUCGCAUUCACGGUUGUGAACAAAGAUCAUUUUACGAAAAACGAAACAUGCACUGUCAAAAACACAGAAUUUACUUUUGACAAUAAAUCACAUGGCUGUAAGACUGUUAUGGAAAUAGAUGACAUCAUCCAGAGAAAAUUUAUACAAGAUAGUGGCGAUAUACUAGUAGAAGUAGAAAUGAGAAAUAUAACGUGCCUUUAUGAAUAUAAUAUGAAAAUACACAAAGAAGGCCAGUCACGUCAUGGUUACGGUGACAGACUGGAAUCAACAUAUUUCACUUUUGGUCUUUUCGAUUGGAGCAUAUCGCUGUUUCCUGACGUAACAUCAACUGAAGCAGACGGCAGCGUCGCCAUUCAAUUACAAAGACAUACAAGUUUCGAUCAUCUGUGUAACGUGCGAUACCGUGUUAUUUUGGGAGAGGAGGGGACUUUUGAUUCCGGAGAACUAAAUCAGAUGCUUGAUGCCUCGGGAUUCGGUGAUCCAUUCACAGUUGGAGCUUCAGUGUCGCGUCUGUCGCUUGGCAGAUCGUCUUUGAAGGUGAAAGUUGAAAUGGAAUCUGUCGUUUCCGUUAGUGAAGUCUCUCUGCCAAUGUGCAACAAAUCGAAAGGUAGAGCGCAUUGCUACGACAGAGAUAAACAAGCAUGGAUGCUCGAAACGGAUACUUCGGGGAAGUAUUUAUCAUUUAGGCUAUAUUAUACAGAUAUUUCUCAUGUGCCAAGAAAGUUCAGCAGAUUUGUGACCUGGGAUGUGUCCAUUUUAAGCGGGGGUAAGAUUGUAAAACUGGGGACCGGACCAUUCAGUAAAUAUUAUGUCCAGCAAGAUUUAGAUGAAGGUUUCUUUAUGAGAACAAAUAUCAGCAUUGAUGAGCUUUCAGAUCCAGAAAAUGAUUACGUCGACCCUAAUGAUAGAAAAUUAACAAUUUACAUACAUUGGAUAGAUUCUCAUCUUUUAGUCUUCCCCAAUUACAGCACUAUCGACGACGUCACGCGUCUUCACAAACACCAGAUGGGGCGAGAAAUAAUGGCCUUACAAGCGGAAAAUUAUGCCUUGGAGAAACAACUCUACAGUUACCAACAAUCUAUAGCCAAGACGAAUGCUUUGAAAACGCGACAGAAUUCAGAUCCAGUACGCCAUUGAAAGACACCAUCUUAGCCCAGUAAUCAAAUGACGUGAUAGGCUUAAUUGCAUUUCAUUGAGGCUUACAGGUCAUUUUAACGGGGGCUGUUAUAAUAUGAUUUGUUUAAAAGAAACUGCUUCUACAGUUAAUUCCAAUGGUGGUGCCACGUCCUAAUUUAUUUAUGAUGGACAACUGAUCGAGAAGAUAAACGAUCUCAUCCGACAAGCGUUAUUAUGUAAAGGUUUAUUGAUUAUACCAAAAUAAUAGAUUUUUUAAUUCAGACACAGAAAAUAUCUCACGCGUCGAACGUCGUAUAAUGGACUUCUUAAAGAGGCCAGCGCACUCGACGCCAAAUCAAAUGUCAUGACAUUAUCACCAUUUUUGGAUACAGUGUGGAAUAAAUAUGACUACACAGAACAAUUCUGUGUAAAUUUAUAAGGCUUUUUGACAUUACAAUGCUCAUCGUUUUCCGGUUAUGUCCAUUGAGUUUGGAAAAAAACGUGUCAUUUAACUUUUGUUUUUCAGAUUGACCGAACAAAUUCGGAUGUUAAAUAUAACUAACACUAUAUACAUGUAGUCUAGUUUAACCAAACGCAUGUAACUUAUAGAAAAAGUAAAUCGAACGCCUUUCAUCCGAACAACAUGAUUGACAAUUAAGGUGUCAGUCCCGAAUCGAAUUCGAAAAAAUGUAGAAAGAUACCGCUCUUUGGGUAAAAAUUCUCUUCCGUACAUUGCACACGCGAUCAAUCCAUAAAAUUAGCCGUAUGCUAUUAUUAAUUUUUUUUAAGAGUCCACUUAAUAAAUCACAUGCACCACAUUCACAACAUUAACAACUUUUCAGGGAGAAAUAAAUGAAAUCAUGAUAACGCAAGGAGGCGUAAAUCUGUUUCUUCGCAGCACUCAUUAUCACAUCGACUGAUGAUUACAUUUUGCCCUAAUUGAUAAAUCGUAUAGCCCACUUACUUUUUGUGAAGUGGCGAUCUUCGGUAUUCUGUUAAAUUGUUGCAUAUAAGUUUGUUUUCGAAAUAUACAAAUUGUAUAAUUUAUUAGCCGUAUGUCAUUUUCAUCCCGUCUGAAUCUAUUGGUACCUAUUGUGGUAAUUAUUGUAUGUAGCUCAAAACUGCAGCAUUAUGACGCUAUUGGUCAAUUAUUCUUUGAUUGAAUUAAUUUAUAAUAUUUAUCUAUAUCUGUUUCUAAAUGUUUGAUACAUUAUUUUAUUAUAUGCAUUUAAAAAUGGAAUCACACUUGAUUUAACUUUUUUUCUGCACCUUACGCAAUACGCCCACGCUUCAGCAUGUCGUCACACAUGGACGUAGAUCGGCCCCUCCGUUCGUCAACAAUUGGCUUAUUAACGCUACAGAUUCAAACAUUUUUUUUCAAAUUUGGUAUGAACCAUUGCGGUUAUAAGAAGAUCUUCAAUUCCGGAGCCCCGCUUUCCGAAAGCUUUGUUUACGUAAUAGACACGAUAGCUUUUAACUGAUAUUUUUCUUAAUGCGAAGCAUUCGAGUAAUACCUUAACGAUUUGUUCAUCAACCCUUGUAUUGUUAACGUGUUACAAUUUGUAACAGAUCUGUUUCAAAUUUGAUGCUAAGCAGUAAGGCUGUGAGAAGAUAACCCCAUUGAUUUUCAAAUCUGGUGUGAGGCAUUAGGAUCUGAGAUUAUGAACCUUGUUGAUUUUCAGUAUUCUACGACUUUCUGUUCCAGAGACAUAGUUAAAGGAGCUAAGUCGCUAAUAUUUGGGACCUAGAAAUUGACACAAAUGGAUCGCAACGCAUACAAUAAUGUAAUAUGAAUGUAUAUAAAUUGAUUUACAUUCAAUCGUUUUUUUUUACUGUAAUUUCUAAUCAAUUAGGUUCGGCGACAUACGCCAGUAUUCUCAAUCGAAUUUUAAUCCCUAGCUUCUGGUUAUUCCAGUCUACACCGAUAGUAUUUAUUGGGCAUGCUCUCCAGACAAGAAUUGUCUACGAUAUCACCAUAGGUGGAAGUGGACGUAAAACCCCAGAAACGAACGAACGAACAGACAAGAAUAUAGCGUCACCGUUUGACAUGACUUGUGGAAUAUGCUUAGCCUCGUUUUUCGAGUCCUUUAUUACAAAUAGUGCCGAAACGCAUUAUGGUACACGAUUCGUGUACCAAUUGUAAAAUGUUACUUUGUCUUAAAUAUUGGAUAUCAGAAGCCCAUCUUUUCCCGGUAAGGUCACGACAUCAAUGUUGAUUUAAACCGACAAAUAAAUCGUGUUUUCAAUGUCGAAGAUUUUGGAUGAUAUUGAGUUAGAGACUUAGCUACUUUAAUGUGUACGGAAAAUCUUGGGAACACGAUAGAGAUCAGUAGAUUUCUUGAAGGCAUCUUAAUUUCUUAUUAAAUUGGUCAACAUGGAAGUUUUCCUUUCGGAUAGGUUGCUGUCUGUGGUUAUAUGUUUUCGAGACAGAGCUGCUGUUGGGCAUAUAUUUUUCGUUACCAAAAUGUCUUGUAACUUCUUUUGGCUAGGUCGUUGCAAAUCGGGAACUGCAUCUAUUUGAUGUAGGUGAAAAUAAAUUGUUGAAUUGGGAUAAUCUGAUGUGUUAUAUUUAUAUGACUAAACUUCUGUUCGGAAACAUUAAUUGAAAUUUGGUUUGUUUACAAGGUUUGGUUUCAUUUUGGCUUACCGUAGGAACACAAAAUCGAUUAUAUCUAAAAAUUAGCCCUUAUCUAAGGGCGUAAAAUGUUAAUAGAAAACGCCCAUUAAUUUUUCACCUAUAUUUAAUACUGUGUUGUUUUAGAUUCGCAUAACGCUAGAUACCCCACAAAUAAAAUCAUGGACACUAAAAGUAACAUCAUCACCUUUAUAACGAAAUAACUGUGUUUUUACUUUGUGGUAUUCAUAUUCACUUUUAAUAAAUGUAUAAUAUAUAGUAUACGCACUUUUAAGGCUCGUUAUCAAACGUUAUGUGAUACCUGUAUAUAUUCAUAUUUAAUGGUAUUUAUAUAUUCUGUUAUAAUUAAUACUUAGGGUUGUGAUUUGUCA